AUGAAAGAAGGCAAACACUCUCUCAUCGGAGCCAUCGACCAAGGCACUAGCUCCACUAGGUUUAUGUUGUUUGACAGUGUGACAAGAAAUGCGAUUUGUCAUCACCAGAUCGCCACCACUCCUCUGCAUCCACAAAAAGGAUGGUUUGAGUUAGACCCUGUCGCAUUGUUGGACGACACCCGCAGCUGCAUCGAGAAAGCUUGUGCCAAACUGGCCGAGUACGGCUACGAGAUGUCCGACAUCAAAGCGGUCGGCGUCACUAACCAGCGUGAGACAACCAUCGCCUGGGAUUGCACCACCGGCACUCCGUUGUACAAUGCCAUCGUCUGGAGCGACAUUCGUACCGAGGGCUUAGCCAAGUCUAUCUGUGCUCAGUUUCCAAACGAAGGCAAGGAUCACUGGAAAAAGGUCACCGGGCUUCCAGUGAACCCGUACUUCAGCGCCCUGAAGUUGCGAUGGCUGUUCGACAACGUUCCGGCAGUGAACAAGGCGAUCGUCGACAAACGUUGUUUAUGCGGUGAGUACAGCGGCAUUGCCUUUCUUCAGUGCACGUCCUCGUUUUGGCUGGUUUUGUAUUAA